AUGGAUAAAAGUGAAAAAAGCAAACACAGCAAAAUGUUCAUUAAGAAUCUAGAGGCUCGGAGCUGCAGGAGAACGGACAGUGAAGUACAGAGAGAUGGAAGGAUCUUGGAUUUGAUUGAUGACGCUUGGCGAGAAGACAAGCUGCCCUACGAGGAUGUGGCAAUACCACUGAAUGAGCUUCCUGAACCUGAGCAGGACAACGGUGGCACCACAGAAUCUGUUAGAGAACAAGAGAUGAAGUGGACCGACUUGGCCUUACAGUACCUGCGCGAGAACGUCCCCCCCGUAGGAAACUGACAUCUGGCUCCCUUCUCAUGGACAGAAAUUUUUUUUUAAUACAGAGAUACAGAAUGCU